AUGAACAUCGUCUUCGCUAAGUUCAUUCUCAAGCCGAUCGUUCCACAAGCACUGUCGAACUCGGCCAGCAUUCGUUACGCAUGCCCGGUAUGUUCUGGUUUGAUCCUAUCGGGACCGGGCGCCGUACAGUUCUCAUCGACAUGAUGGCAUGUCGUAUUUCGGAAGGGAGAACCGAAGAAUCGAUAUAUAUGCUUUGCCUAAAAUGAGCCCGUCAAAUCAGCUACUAUCAAUGGGUCCCAUUUGUGCUUGCAUUGGAAGCACUUUGCUUCUACAUCCCUUGUAUAA